AUGUUCCACCACGUGGCUCACCUGGUCGGCCUACAGCUUUCCAUCUCCUGCUGCUGGGCGUUCAGCUGCCACAACACAGAAUUCUCUCCUGACUUCAGCCUUCCCGGCAACUACCUCCUUGCAGGCUUCUUCCCUCUCCACGGUGACUGUCUGCAGGUGAGGCACAGACCCGAGGUGACCCUCUGUGACAGAACCUGCGGCUUCAAUGGCCACGGUUACCACCUCUUCCAGGCCAUGCGGCUCAGCAUCGAGGCAAUCAACAACUCCACGGUCCUGCUGCCCAAUGUCACCCUGGGCUAUGAGCUGUAUGACGUGUGCUCGGAGUCGGCCAACGUGUAUGCCACGCUGAGCGUGCUCUCCUUGCCAGGGACGCGCCACAUAGACAUCCAAGGGGACUUUCUCCACUACUCCCCCAAGAUUGUGGCGGUGAUUGGGCCUGACAGCACCGACCACGCUGCCACCACAGCUGCACUGCUGAGCCCUUUCCUGGUGCCCCUGAUCAGCUACGAGGCCAGCAGCACAACGCUCAGCGUGAAGCGGCAGUACCCCUCCUUCCUGCGCACCAUCCCCAGCGACAGGCACCAGGUGGAGGUCAUGGUGCUGCUGCUGCAGAGGUUCAGGUGGGUAUGGAUCUCACUGGUCGGCAGCUAUGGCGACUACGGGCAGCAGGGGGUGCAGGCGCUGGAGAACCAGGCCACCGACCAGGGCAUCUGCAUUGCUUUCAAGGACAUUGUGCCCCUUUCUGCCCGCGUGGGCGAUGAGAGGAUGCAGGGCAUGAUGAACCGCCUGGCCCGAGCUGGGACCACCGUCGUGGUCGUUUUCUCCAGUCGGCGGUUGGCCAGGGUGUUCUUUGAGUCCGUGGUGCUGGCCAACCUGACUGGCAAGGUGUGGAUUGCCUCGGAAGACUGGGCCAUCUCCAGACACAUCACCGGGGUGCCCGGGAUCCAGGGCAUCGGGACAGUGCUGGGUGUGGCCAUCCAGCUGAGGCUUGUCCCCGGCCUGAAGGAGUUCGAAGAGGCCUAUGCCCAGGCAGACAAGGGCGCCCCCCUGCCUUGUCCCACAGGCGCCUGGUGCAGCAGCAAUCAGCUCUGUAGGGAGUGCUGCGCCUUCACAGCACACACAACGCCCACACUCGGGCCCUUCUCCAUGAGUUCUGCCUACAACGUGUACCAGGCUGUGUACACUGUGGCCCAUGGCCUCCACCAGCUCCUGGGCUGUGCCUCCGGGGCCUGUUCCAGGAGCCAAGUCUACCCCUGGCAGCUUCUGGAGCAGAUCCACAAGGCCAAUUUCCUUCUGCACGAGGACACCGUGACAUUUAAUGACAACGGGGACCCCCUCAGUGGCUAUAACAUAAUUGCCUGGGACUGGAUUGGGUUCAAGUGGACCUUUACGGUCAUUGGCUCCUCCACAGCAUCUCCAGUUCGGCUGGACAUAAAUGAGACCAAAAUCCAGUGGCACAGAAAGGACAACCAGGUGCCCCAGUCUGUGUGCUCCAGCGACUGUCUUGAAGGACACCAGCGAGUGGUGGUGGGUUCCCAUCACUGUUGCUUCGAGUGUGUGCCCUGUGAGUCCGGGACCUUCCUCAACAAGAGUGACCUCUACAGAUGCCAGCCUUGUGGGAAGGAAGAGUGGGCACCUGAGGGAAGCCAGACUUGCUUCCCACGUACCGUAGUGUUUCUGGCUUGGCACGAGUGCAUCUCUUGGGUGCUGUUGGCAGCUAAUACACUGCUUCUGGUGGUGGUGGUUGGCACUGUUGGCCUGUUUGCCUGGCACCAAGACACCCCUGUGGUGAGGUCAGCUGGGGGCUGGCUGUGCUUCCUCAUGCUGGGCUCCCUGGCAGGGGCUAGCUGCAGCCUCUAUGGCUUCUUUGGAGAACCUACACUGCCCGCGUGUUUGCUGCGCCAGGCUAUCUUUGCUCUCGGUUUCACCAUCUUCCUGUCCUGCCUGACAGUUCGCUCCUUCCAACUGGUCAUCAUCUUCAAGUUUUCCACCAAGGUACCCACGUUCUACCACACCUGGGUUCAAAACCACGGUGCUGCCCUGUUUAUAAUGAUCAGCUCAAUGGCCCAGCUGCUUAUCUGUCUGACUUGGCUUGCAGUGUGGACCCCACUGCCUACCAGGGAAUACCAGCGCUUCCCUCAGCUGGUAGUGCUUGAAUGCACAGAGACUAACUCCCUGGGCUUCAUGCUGGCCUUCGGCUACAAUGGCCUCCUCUCGGUCAGCGCCUUUGCAUGCAGCUACCUGGGCAAGGACCUGCCAGAGAACUAUAACGAGGCCAAAUGUGUCACCUUUGGCCUGCUCCUCAAUUUCGUGUCCUGGAUCGCCUUCUUCACCGUGGCCAGCGUCUACCAGGGCAAGUACCUGCCCGCGGUCAACGUGCUGGCCGUGCUGAGCAGCCUGAGCAGCGGCUUCAGCGGUUAUUUCCUCCCCAAGUGCUAUGUGAUCGUCUGCCGCCCCGAUCUCAACAGCACGGAGCACUUUCAGGCCUCCAUCCAGGACUACACGAGGCGCUGGGGCUCCACCUGACCAG